GGGGGCCGCCUUUGUAUCCCCUACCUGUAGGUCUCUCAGGCACACGUGGCUUUGUGGACAGCUAAGGGGACCAGAAUGUCUACCGUGGGAUGCUCCUUUGACACAGAUGCUUCCCACACCCCCUGGAGUCUCACAUCUGUUUACUCGGCCUGCCUCUUUCUGUAGGAUGUUCACUGUAACCAAGGCCACAGAGAAGGCUCUGCUUCAGCACUUCAUAUACCAGAAGCUGGAGAUCGCCUAUGCCAUCCACAAGCCCUUCCCCUUCUUCGAGGCCCUCCGAGACAACAACUUCAUCACCGAGAGGGUGUACAGAGAAUCGCUGGAAGCCUGCAGAAACCUGGUACCCAUGUCCAGAGUGGUGCACAACGUUCUCACCAGACUGGAGAAGACGUUUGGCCUGUCGCUUCUGAUGACGCUGUUCAGCCAGCGUAACCUGCGUGAAUAUCCCGAUCUCAUGGUCAUUUUCAGGAGCUUUGGAAGCGUCGUUGCAUCUUACGAGCACUGGAGCAGAACCACCCCAAGUGGCUUGGUAGAAGGGAGCUCCCCGCAGACCCCUCAGCUGCCUGCACCCCAUCCACCCUCACUGAGCUCCCUACUGUGUAUGCCUGGAGUCAGCGAGCUCCAAGCAGCCUCAGAGCAAAUCAACAAGAUCCUACAGGAACGGCCCAGCUCUUCCCACCCUGCCCUGCCUCUCCCGGGACCCAUCCAGGAAGCACAAAACAAUCCAGGAAGGAAAAGAAAAAAAUGUAUCUGGCCAACCCCAAAGAAAAAAAGUUGCCCAAAAGAAGCACUGUCACCUGAGCAAGGAAUCCAAGAGGAGCUCCAAGUAGUGAACCAGGGGACCCCAAGGAGAGACGACUUCACCCAGGACUUGAACGUGCUAGACAGGCUCCAAGAGGCAAAGACUGACCGUGCCCAGACACCCACCGCAGAGGAGACCAGCCAUGAGACUUCAGAAAAGAAUGAAGGAACAACACCCCAGAAGACGCCCAGCACCCCACCAAGAACCACCCACGGUAAAGACUUGGGACUCCACGCCUCAGAGCUCACCCACCAGAAACCUCAAUCAGGUCUGUUGUACUUGAAGUCUUCAUUUGUUAAACUUGUGUCAUUGUCAUCACUGCCCUGGAAACAGGAAGGGAGGAUGCCAGCUGGGGGAAGGAAACUUCACAAGCCACUCUUGGCCUGGGCAGCUUCAUCCGGGCGAGGAGUCCAGGAGAAGGUCCGAGUGGUGGAGCAGGACACAACGAGGAAGGACGACUCCCACUCCACCGGGGACUCGAAGAUGCACGGUGCUCCCAAGUCCUCAGCAGAGGAACAACGGGACGAGGAUGCUGUGGAUUUCCUCGCCCCUACGCUGCCGGUGACCUGUGGCGAUGCCAGGGGCGUUUUAUAUAAGGAGAAGAUGCAGCAAGGUUCUUCAGAGAAGUGCAUUCAGAAUGAGGAAGGCGUCUGGCUCACACCUGACGAGUUUGUCAUUGAAGGGAAGAGGAAGAAGUCAAAAGACUGGAAGAAGAGCGUGCGCUGCAGGGGCCAGACCUUAAGAUGCCUGAUGGAGAAGAAACUUUUGUUCUGUCCAUCAAAAGUAACGAUCAAGCGAAAGGCCGCUCGCAGGUGAAUUCCUCGCGCGUGUGUUCUCCGGCCUCUGGCAGGCCGCACGUUUGAAGGCGCUCCCCCGGUAACCGCGAGGCCCCCCACCAACCUCUCCAGCUUGCCGCUGCGUGCUCAGGCCUCUGCUAUCGCCAUUGAUCUGGGACCAGGAGUCGCAUGACUCCUUGAGGCAAAAAUCAGGACAAGUUCUUGCGACGUGGGUCCAGCUCAUGAGCCUUCCAUUACAUGGGAACUUCCGGCAGAGGCUGUGCACAUCUGUUUCCCAGACACCAGCCUCACCUUUGGCUGCAUUCAAAGUUGUGUUGUUUGU